AUGGCUCUCCCACCACGCGACGAGCCGCCUUCCCUUGACGACCGGAUACAAGGUCUGCCACAAGAACUCCAAGACCUCAUCUUCGACAGUGUCAUCUAUGACAACCCAAGGACAUUCAACCGCACGCAACAAUACAACCCGCCACUCAGCCUCCAUGUCAACAGAAAGACUUGUGAUGUCUUUGCCAAGUACCACUACUACCGAAAUACCAGGCUAAUCACAUCCGACCGCGAGCUCCUCGAGCGCUGGUUGUGCAGCCUGCCAGAAAGCCAUUUCGAUAUGCUGCAAGUACUCGCAUACGACAUCGAGCAAAGCAAUUGGAUCCACGGGGCUAUCUUUCAGCGACAGGAGGCGCUCAGAUCUUCGAGGAAGAAGAUACUCAACACGAAGCAGUUCACGAGGGCGAAUCGGUCAAGUUGCUCCACCAACCUUGGCUCAAAUGGCAGUUCUAGCUUGGUCCAUGGAACAGCUUAA